AUGCGGCGUACAUGUUUUUCGUCCUCCUCGACCAAUAUUUUGAAUAUUGUCUCUGCUUUGACGGAAAAACGGGGCGAUGUCGUGAAACUGAGUACGCUUCUGGCCUCCCCAUCACCACCGCUUCACUCCUUGUCCUUUGCUCCGCCUCCUAGAUGGGCUGCGGAACUUUCUAGAAGACUUCAAAAACAAUUUCCUGAACUUCAACGACAGCAUCAUGUUCUCUAUAUGCGUGCCUUUAUACAUCCUAGUUUCACCACACCUGAUGCGAUAAACUCAACAAUGAACGCAGCAAGUCCUCUAGGUGAGGCUUUGCUGGCGUCUGUUGGGGGGUGCUUGAUUGUAAACGCCUUUAAAGAUCUAAAACGGGAUGAGGUGCUUCUAUUAAUGUCCUUUUUAUUGUCGGAUGCCACUCUUAGCUCUAUAUUGCGAUAUCAUUGGGAAAUGGAGGAUAUGUUGCUCACCGAUUCUUCAGUACAGCUAUUUCAAGGAUCGGCGUUAAGAUCUACGGCGGGUUUACUACAAUGGUUGACGGCAAAUGGAAAACAGCAAACCCCUGACCCUUAUUCUGCGGGAUGUGUGAAGUCCCUAAUUGGGGCUGUGUAUCUAGAUGGAGGCUUAGAAGCAGCAACCUCAUUUAUUUACAAACACAUCUUGCAGAAUAUACAGUAA